AUGAUGAGUACACCAAAUUCUAAUACCAUACCGGAUCGGUCGGGGCCCGGGUCAACAACGGCCGCGUCUGGCGUCGGUUCUCACCAGGGCGCAUCAGGCAGAAAGUAUGUUACUGGCGGGAACCUUAACAUUGCGAAGCAAGAAGUCACCAUUGGUACGUGGAAUGUGAGAACACUAUCGGCACCUGGAAAGCUGAACGAGCUGGAACAUGAAAUGGAAAAUUACAAAUGGAACGUGCUGGGCAUUGCGGAAAUGAGAUGGCUAAAUAAUGGUGAAACAGUCUCUGACGACGGGCACAAAGUAUGGUGGAGUGGCGACAAAUUGAAGAAACAAGCAGGAGUAGGCUUCAUCGUACAUAAAGAGACUGUGAACAUGGUGAUGGAAUGCGAACCGAUAUCAAGCAGAAUCAUACGGAUCAGGCUACAGACAGCGCCGAGAAACCUGUCUAUCAUUCAAGUGUAUGCUCCAACCUCAGAUAGCAACGAAGAAGAUCUCGAGAUUUUCUACAACCAAAUAGAGGCGACAAUGAGAAACAUCCCGAAGAAGGACAUCCUCAUAGUGAUGGGUGAUUGGAAUGCUAGAGUGGGACCAGAUGCUCAUGAAGAAUGGCCAGGAACAGCUGGUAAGUUUGGACUCGGAAGCACUAACGAGAGAGGUCUACGGUUGCUGGAGUUUGCUAAGCUACAUAACAUGGUCAUUGUCAACACAAAGUACAAGCACAAGAAAUCAAGAAGAGUGACAUGGGUUGCUCCAGACGGCAUCACUAAAAGCCAGAUCGACUACAUCCUGGUUGAGAGACAAUGCUCCAGCAGCGUUAAUGGUCACAAGACAAGAUCCUUCCCAGGAGCCGACAUAGGCAGUGAUCAUACUCUUGUAAUGACAACAAUGAAGUUGAAAUUAAAAAAGAUACGAAGACCACCAUCUUCCAGAGUGAAAUAUGACACAAGUCGACUGAGCGAUGCAGAGACAUUAGAAAACUUCAGAAUUAAAAUAGGUGGAAAAUUUGCACCACUAUUGGAAAUGACUGAAAUGCAACAGAUUACAGACUUGUUCACUGAAGGAAUGAAUGAAGUUGCGAUGGAAACACUUGGAAAGGAAAAGAAGAAGAAACAACCUUGGAUGACAAAUGAAAUAAUGGAGAAAUGUGAUGAAAGAAGAAGACUAAAAGCAGACAAAUUCAAAGACGAGGAAUGUAACAAAAAAUACAGAGCUGCCAACAAUUUAGUGAGGAGAGAAAUUAAGAAGGCGAAAGAGGAAUGUAGAAGUGUAGAGAAGUGUAGAAGUCACAACAGCAUUCGAAAGAAAUGAUUCUAGGACUGCUUACAGAGUAGUCAAGGAACUAACCAACGAGAAGACUGCAAGAAUCUCAGUGAUAGAAGAUGCUAAUGGGGAGUUGCUAACUGAGGCAACAAAAAUCGAAAAGAGAUGGACAGAAUACAUCCAAGAACUCUACAGCUACCCGAUCGCAACGAGUGAUGACAUUGCGACUGUGCUGGAGCGAGAAGGCCCAGGUCAAGAAGAAUGUGAGCCUGAUAUCCUAAAGAGUGAGAUCGAAGAAGCUGUGAGAUCUUUGAAGAAUGGUAAAGCUGCUGGUUUCGACAAGAUACCGUCGGAACUACUCAAGUUUGGUGGAGGAGACACAAUCGAGAUACUGCAGAGUAUCUACAGACCAUGAAAUUGUAUAAAUUUUUCCUCAUAUUGCAGCAUAUGUGGACAAUAUAAGAAAUAUUUUGUUCAGCACGCCCUUGGAGGAGCUUGGGAGUGUCCUGGACAAGUACACACGGAAAGUGCCAGAGCCUUUAACUGCUCAGUUCCCAAACAGACGUCAAAAAAUGAUGCCAUCUCUGAAUAUAUUUUAAAGCAGAGCACUACUACACCAAUGUACCCUACAGGUAAAAUAUUUCUUGUGUUAUUUGGACAAAAACUUCACAUACUGUUGUCUGUUGAUGAAAUACAGUAUGUAAUUACACUGGGAUACUGGAUCAUACAGCAAGGGAAAACCACUUGUUAAACAGAAAGCCUAGUUUUCCAUCAAGAUAUAUAUAAAUUUCUUAUGAAAGGGACCAUUUAGAAAUCAUUGGUUCAAGGUCUCAUAGAAAAUGGGGUAUUUGCAAAUUCUUAUUGUUCAUAUUUGUAAGAAUAGAUUGACCAGAUUCAAUCUGGGAUCUUUGGGUCAAUACCCUUUCCCAUCAUAAUCACUGAAAUCAUAAUUUGUGUAUAUUUAUAUAGAAUGUACAUUUGCACAGCAGCAGCUAAUCUUGCAAUCAAAAUACAGGUUUUGGUUGUGGUACACUUUUAUUUUGCCUUUGUGGUUAUAUUGUCGGUUUAAUUUUUUGCACAGAAAAUGAACAAGAAUCCUUGCAAUUAAGCCUAAUGAAACCAGCUGUAUUGGCUGAAAGCACAAGAAAAAGGAAGACCAACCGCUGCUGCAAAAAAUGUGGGAAACCAACAAAGGGGCAUAAACGUGGAAAGUGUGACUGAUUUUUGGUGAAACACUCCAGAUCUCUCUCUUCUUUGCAAAAGAAAGUAUUUGCUUUUAUCAAAAGAGCCUUACCCUUUCGGUAUUUGAAGUCCACUUGUGUUCUACCAAAACUUGUAUAAAAAAGUGGACUUCAGUAUGGAAAGGGUUAAGUUUAAAAUUUACUGGUUAAAAAUUAGCAAAAGUUAAAUACACUCAAACAAAUAAACUGACUGGAAAUGUUUGAGAGCAACUGCUACUUAUACUGAUAUUUGGAACAAACAUGUAGUGAAACAUGAGGGCAAAAGCCAUAUUCUGUAGCUUAUUUUGUAGAGCUUUUGGACCCUCAGAUUCAUAAGUUUUGGCACAUUUGAAAUGUUUGCAUAUUUUUACUGAAAAUGAGUCAGAUCUAAACAGUUACUCUGUGCAAUACUUUUGUGAGGGGAGUGUAUAUUACAAAAUGGAAAAGGAACUUUUACAUCAGUCUUUUUCUCAAAUUACUUUACAAAGUUUAGCAUGAUAAAAAUGUUGUGUUUGUAAUUCAACAUGAAAUAUGUAAUCGCAUCAAAGAGAAGAUGCCUUGGAUACAAAAAGUUGAGUAUUUUUCAGAUGGCACUAUAAGAACUUUGAAAACAUGCUGAAUUUAUGUCACCAUGAAGAUGAUUUCAAGCUACAAGCAAGACGGAGCUUUUUUACCACUAGCCAUGAAAAAUGUGUGUGAUGGGAUUGGUGGCACCCUAAAAUGCUUUACUGCAAAUGCUAGCUUGCAAGGGUUAGUAUCAAAUCAAAUUUUAACUGUUUUUGAUAUGCUGACUUUCUGCAAAGAUGCAAUUAGAGAUAUUACAUUUCAGUUGAUAACAAAGGAGCAGGUGAUUGUGGUUUGUAAAGACCUACAGGUGAGGUUUGCUACUGGUAAGACUAUUCCAGGUACAAGAAGUUUUCAUUUCUUUUGUCCAAUGAAAACAAGCACGGUAAGUUUUAAACGAACAGAAGAUGAGGAGUUUGCUGGCGAGUUUACAUUUGCUGGCCAAGCAUUAAUCAAGGUAUGCAUACCAACCAGACAAGAAACUGUGGCAUGCAAGUAAUACAAGUUAUGGAGGAUUGGAAUGAUACUAGAGAUAAAUGAUGAGGAACAGUAUUGUAAAGACAACUUCCUACACCCACCUGGCCUAACACGAACCUGCCUGUUAAGUCUUUUCAAACAUAAACUGGGAAAGUUAAAAAAGGAUGUCGCUGAAAAUUUUAUGCCUAUAAAGAUGCGGAUUCAAAAUGCUCUAGUUUUCAAACCAAUCAGGAUAUUGAGCUGAAAUUCUGGAUUUUUCUACAUUUCAUUGAUACCUUGAACUGAACAAAAUCUGAGAUGGUGGGUUACAUGGCUGUGCUGUUUAGACAUGGAAUGUCUCUGUAAAUGUUUCAAUAUUAUGAAGAUAUUUAUAGGAAUAAAUAAAUUUAUUAUCUUCUCUUUGUGAUGACUAUUACAAGAAUGUUAUUCUAAACAGUUUAAAAUAUAUAGUUUGGUCAUACCUCUUGAAUCAAAACCUCUUUAUUCACAACAAUUCACUCAAUGUAUUGCUUUUCCUCAAAACAUCAGACAGGUUUCCUUUAGCAAAAUGAAAUGAAUUCAUAGUCUAAAAAAAGUAUGUUUGUAAAAACUGGUAUAUCAAAUUAAGUAUAUUUGUUAAAAGCUGUCCAUACUCUUGUCCAUACAUUUUUAUGGUCAUGCAUAUGGACGAGCCUUAAAGUUCAGAACGAGUUUAAAUGAGCUAGAAAAUAUUUUUCUGUGUUGAUGGUUACUACCAGAGCAUUUUAUUGAUAGCUAAAGAAAUCUACAGAAUGACAGAAAAUAAAACCAAGAAGUGGAAGAACAGUUACCAUUGUGCAGCCAUAAACUGUAGCAAAAACAAUGCAAAAAAUCUUGAGUUAUCGUUUUCUAGUUUUGGUCAAAUCCAGAACUGUAAGUUGCUUCAGAAUUUUAGGCCACAAUGCUAGUGCUUCGUUUUGUUUUUAUGGUAUUAUUCUGAAAUAUACCAGAAUGCAUCUCUUCAAUUCACUAAACCUGUUGUCUUAGGAUAAAUGAAUAGCAUUUUGAUUGAAAUCUGUUCUUCAAAUGCUCCUAGCUGGAGAGAAUGGCUCCAUAAUUGUCGUAGGGCUGAUUUGAUGGGAAAGACUUCUGAGUAUCUGAGUAAAACCUACUUAAUUUGCUCAAUGAAUUUCGAGCCGCAAAAACUUCUGAAAUUUUCCAACCAAUAUGUGAGAUUGCCAUGCAACACCAAACCAAAAACUUUUGACAUCCCCAAUCCUCCACCUCUCAUCACCAGCAAGAGUAAAGACCCUAAAUGCUGGGAUUGUUUGUAGACACAUCCUAUUCAAUUCUUCUUACUUUAAAUAACUAAGCCAUACCUGGAACAUAUCUUCUCAUUUUGAAACUUUUUAUUCAUACAAAUUAAAGAGUUUAAAAAUGAAGUGUUUCUUUUAAUUUGCCAAACUUAACAACAUAAUACAGGGCCGGUUAGUCCCCUGCCCCUACACUGUCAGCAAAGUGUGUAAUAAAUAACAUUGUAGUACUUUCUCUUUUAAUGGCUUCCAUUUUUGACAUUCAAGGCAAAUACCCUGUAAUAAUGAUAUGAUGUAAUUAUAGACAUGUAGUUUAGUUUCAAAAAAGUUCCAGUUUGAACACUAAGUGAAUUUUCAUUAACAGGUCCAGCAAGUAAAAGGAGACACCUGGAUAUGGAAAAUGAAAAAAGACAAUGGAGCCAAAGCUGGUAAGCAAGGGCUGUUUACGUAAAACUAAAGACGAAAAAUUAAAAAAAAUCAAUUACAUCUGAUUUUAGAAGAUAUUUAUACAAUAUAACUACAUUGCUAUUCUUCUCCACUCAUAAAAAAUGCAAUCAAGAGAUUUCAUAAUUGUUUCCUUUUUACAGUUUAUGCAGUGGAAGCUGAUGCUCUUAAUGAAAAUCCGGUAGAUAAUACUGGAUUUAUUGAAGAGAACAACACACCAACUAAGGAAAAAUCAUGCCAGACCACACAUUUUCUUUCCAAAAAUACUCCCCACAAGCAAAAGCUUCCCAAAUUAUCGAGGAGGAAGUGCUAUCAAAUAACAUCAUUAUCCUCCUUCUCAAUUUCUUCCCCAAAAAAUUACAGAACUAGCUAAAGCCAACAAAGCAUUUAAACUUUUAGAAGGUGCGAUUUCGCCUGAUUUUUUUGCAUUUAUCAAGAAACAAGUAUCUUUUCUUUUGAAAAAGAAACAAGGUAGAAGGUAUGAUGAUUCUUUCAAAGCUCAGGCUCUAUUUGUAUAUCACAUCAGCAGUACGGCUUACAGGUUUUUUUUGAAAAAUUGCUGAAUUUUACAUCGAAAUCUGGUGUGACAAGCAAGGUCUCUAGGUUUGCAUCAAAUGUUGGAUUUUCUGAAAAGUUAAUCUUUGCUUUAAAACAAUGUGUAGAUGCAGUAACUGACAGUGCACAGGUUUGUACACUGUUAAUGGAUGAAAUGUUCUUGAAGUCAAAUUUGUUUUAUAAACGUGAACCCAUUAUUGGUUUUGAAGAUUUUGGUUAAGGUAAGAAGUCAAAUCUUGCUGCCAACACUGCUUUGGUUUUUAUGGCUCGUGGUAUUGUUGAAAGCUGGAAACAACCAGUAUCUUAUUAUUUAGUAAAUGAAUCUUGCAACAGUGAUUUUUUAAAUGAUAUUGUGAAAGAGAACAUUCUGCAGUUAGAGUCCAACUUUUUGUGAUUAUACGAAUCACUGGGAGUUUCUGUUUAUAUGCCAUUUUUUGAAAUGCAUGGUAUAAAAUAUUUUCCCAUCUUUGACCCACCUCAUCUAUUGAAGUCCAUUAGAAACAAUAUUUUGCAUUACAACUUCCAGCUUGAGGUGAAAACAGCUUCAUGGAAAGAUGUCAGUGCUUUCUUUGAUAAAGAGCAAAUACUAGCAAUUAGAACUGCUUCAAAGUUAACAGUUAAGCACAUCAAUCCAACCCAGUUUGCAAAAAUGCAAGUCAAAUUGGCCACUCAGUUGCAGCAGGAAUCAACACUUAUGUUGCAUUGAAUGGAUUGCCGUCUUGAGCCGUUGGUACUGCAGAGCUCUCAUCCCGUUUUGACCAAAUUUUUGAUUUAUGGAACUCUUUAUCAUUUAAGGAUACUAAAAUAUGCCGCAGGCCAUUGACAUCUUCAUCCCCACAUCUAGAACAAAUGAAGAAAGGGGCUAAUUUUAUUGCAUCGGUCAAAGUAAUUCAUGCUGCUACUGGUGAAAACCGUACAAAUUAUCUUAAAUGUCUGAAGGGGUUGCUGUAUAACUCUGCAAGCAAUUCCUGAGCUUUGGAGUAGAAUAAACAGAGAUUUUGAUUCAACGUUCUUUGUAACAAGGCAGCUGAAUCAGGACCCUUUGGAGAAUUUCUGUGGUUCCAUUAGUCAACAGGGAGGGAAUUUUGAUAACCGGACACCAGUCCAGUUUAAGAGAGCAUAUAGGAAAUUGUUUCAUACCAACCUGCCCAGCGUUUCCUCAACAAACUGUGAAAUUGAUGAAAAUGUGCUAUUGACACAGUUAACAGACAUUCAAAACCUGCCUAAAAUGGCUCCAGUUGAAGUUGGACCACUGAAGAGAGUGACAUCUGAUUAUUCCAGUGAGCACAUUCAUAAAAGAAUAUUCAAAGACAAUGCAAUGGCAUAUGUAGCAGGCUGUCUUUUAAAGAAAACAUUCCAAAAGCACAAGUGUGAAAAAAUUGCAACUCCAGCAGAUGAAAGUGGAGAACUAGAAAAGGAAGUAUUUUUAAUGUUCAAAGCCUAUGACUCUAACAAAAGUAUGCCCAUAACAAUAUAUACUGGACCCUGUGUUCCAUCCGUUCAAAUAAGUUAAAAGAAAAUUCAUUUCUUUUUUAGUGAUAUCAAGCAAACAGCAGGUGUUGGAAAUGAGCUUUUAAGUAUAUUGCUCAAAGAGAGUUUAUGUACACCCUGCAGUGACCUUGAUAAAGUAUUCCUCCUCAUUCGUGAGGAUGAGAAUUCACUACUCUUAAAAAUAUGUCCACUAGGAUCAAUUUAUUCUCCUUAACUAAUCACAGCAAGCAGAGCAAUGGUAAACGGCAAGCAGAGUGUAAGCUAACACAAAUAAGGCUGCCUGAAGUUGGCUUUCUUUCGUCCUUUUCACGUGGGAAGAGAGUUAUAGCAUUGUUUAUCAAGCAUUGAAAUAGAUGUCUACGCAUAUCUGGCUGGGUGAAAAUUAAUUUCUUUGGAUCCUCUCUAUGACAAAUUGAAACAGCAAAUUAAAAGCAAAGGCAAAAAGACCGCAAUUAUGUCAGUCCUGCUGAUUCUGGACAUCUUCUAUUUAAAUAAACAUUUCCGGACUGCUGGAAUGAAGUACUGAUGUGUACUUGAUGGUCAAAUCUUCUACCACCAAGACCGUCAAAAAUGCGAAUUGAUGACAUGUUGCUGAAACUGAUGUUUGUCACAGCUAUCCAGUGGUUAUUUCCUUGGCUCAGAAUUUGUCAAACUCACCAAUCAGUGCCGCGAGCCUAAAGAAAAAUUACCAAUGGAGUCCAAUAGAGAAAACGAACUCCUUUUGUCACUGAUUGGUCAACUAUACCGGUCUUGUGCUUGCGUUUUUCUGAUUGGCCUAUUUCGAUCCACAACUGGGUAUAUAUUUUUCUAACAUGUUUUUUCGGAACCUAUUCUGACGUUUUAUGCUCUGAGGAGUGUCAGACGAAAAAGCUUUAAGUAUGUUGUAAAAUGUUUGCUUUUUUCAAAGCCAUUUUCAAAUUCUGUACCGCAAAGAAAUUGUUCACAUUAUUCAAAUUGAGCAUCAACGGAGUCAGAAGGUAUUAUUGACAGCGAUUCUCGGAAUGGAGCCAGAUUUCAGUGUUGCAUGGGCGAGGAAUCAAAUUGGCCUACUAGCCAGCAAUAAAGUUGAAAGGAAAGCUAGAAGAUUUUGGAAACGCCCUGGUAGAGCCAAUGCCUGGUCGCAAAGCUUUGAAAAAAAUUAUUCACUGCAGAAGAGUGGACAGAAAAUUUUAGAAUGUCUCAAAACAGUUUUUAUGCCCUCUGUGAAGAGGUUAGGCCCUGGUUGACCAGACAAGUAACCAACAUGAGGAAACCACUAUCGUUGGAGAUGCAAGUUGCGAUUACAUUGUACUACCUAUCUGAUGAAGGUUGAUAUCGCAAAGUUGCCAAUGCUUUUGGCAUUUCAAGGUCCAUUUGAUUAAUGGGUUUGAUCUUUGGGGUUGAACGAUUCAAAAUAAUGAAAUGGUUGUCUUUUGGCGCCAAUUACAAGGAUACCAUAUAGGAUGCACCUCGUAAUGGACAAUUUUUGCCUCAUUUUGGAUCGGUACCUGUUUGGAUCCGAUCCCAUAUCGUUUACACGAGACCUUUUUGCGACCGGAUCCAAACGGGACCACCUUCAAAAGCGAUCCCAAACGGGUAUGGAUAGCAGAUCCAAAUUGCAUCGGAUCCGCCAGGUCCCGUGUAAACGCAAAGCCUAUCCGUACCACUUUGGGUACGGAUCCAUUUGGCCCUUAGAGUUUACCAUGGGACCAGAAAUUUCACCUGUUUUUGGUCUUUUGCAUGCAACAAAGGGACCACUAUUUUAAAUAGCUUACAUUCAGGUGACCUGACAAUUAAAGGGUCUCUCCAGCCAAAAGUGUUAUUCCUUUUUUGUACUUACAGUGUAGGUUUCUUCUGUCAUAAAGUAUCAUAAACUGUUUUGACUGAACAAUUCCAGUCAUUCAUUAAGUUAAAAGACUUAAAAAUAUAUUUUUCCAAAAAAUCAAAGGCAAAUCAAUUUGGUGAUUCUGCUACCUCUACUGCUACAAUUUUAUGCUUUUGGUGCUUUAUAUAGACCCUUUCCGGGUAAACGCGUCCAUUUUGACCAGGUGGCAAGUUGGACUUUGACCCUUUCAGUUUGCUUUCAAAAGUCAAUGGCGGAAGUCGCACGCUGUCUAUUCUUACGCAAAGGUAAGUCUUCUGUGAGACGAUAUUAAAUAUCUUUCCUAAAAAUAAUCAGAAAUUCGUUUUUUUAAGGAUUUCUGUGUUGUUACUUGUAAGAAUUACCUUUGUUUUGCAAGUUUUAGUGUUAUAUAUCAGGGAUAAAAAUAUUCGUGUCUUAGGCCUAGGCCAUAAGGUGAUGUCCGAAUUUGAUGUACUUAUGGAGCUUCGAGUUUUAAUAUCUGGCGUUAUUUGCCUUAAACAUACUAGAAUUUUGGAUUAUUUGUGUGAUCCGUCACUGUAUAAUAAGACAGAUAUUUUUUCUAUUUUAAUCUUCCUUGUAGUUUAAAAUUAUUCAUCAAACAAUUCUGAAGAUUAUGGGAAAUGACAGGUGCUGUGUUGGCCCUUGUGAUAAUGAUAGGAGGUACCCUGACAGGAACAUAAUUUUUAGUCAUGUUUCACUUUUGCAAUGGCAUCGUUUUCCUGCAAAUGAAUUGAAACGAAAAGUGUGGAUAAAAUGUGUUGAAAGAGGAAGAGCAAACUUUUGUCCUGGCCAUGAAACAACCGUCUGCUCCAACCAUUUUAUAGAUGGAAAACCAACAACUCGCAACCCCUUUCCAACGUUGUACAUGACACUUGCAGAUAUGAGAAAAGCCAACAGUCAAGAUCAACCUGCAUCUGUGAAAAGAAAGAGUCCAAGGAAAAGAUGUGCUGCAACUGAUACUGAUAAGCAGUCAAUGGUUAAAAAGAAUGUUGCUGAAGAUGACAAUGAUUCUUCUACCCCUACUGUGCAUGUUUCCAUGAAAUUUGAACUUUUAACAAGAGAAGCUGAUGUCAGAUUUUAUACAGGAUUUCUUUCCUGUGAAACCUUCAAAGUGAUCUUCGACCAUUUGGCCCCAAAAGCACAUAUUAUGCUGUACUGGGAGGGACCAAAGAACUCAAACAUUGAUACACCAACAACAGGAUAUAAGCAUCGCAUUGACACAGUCUUAUUGGGAUCGAAUUUGCCAAAAAUAAUUCCACCAAUCAAUAGGAAAGGUCCAGCAAGGAAGUUAUCAUUAGAACAGGAGUUUCUAAUGACAAUGGUUCGCUUGUGACUAGGCCUAUUUCACGAAGAUCUGGCCUGGAGAUUCUGUGUUUCCUCUUCAAGAGUGACUCAGAUCAUAGCAACAUGGAUAAAGUUUUUGUCCAAAGAAUUAAGCUGCCUGAUUAUUUGGCCUUCUAAAGGUCAAAUUCAUGCAACUAUGCCAGAUUCUUUUAAAAGAUUGUAUCCAAAAACUCGAGGAAUCAUUGAUUGUACCGAGAUUUUUGUUGAAACACCAAGUUCAUUAGAGGUGAAAGCACUGCUUUGGAGUGAGUACAAGCAUCAUACAGCAUUCAAAGUUUUGGUAUGCAUAACACCAAAUGGGGCAAUUUCGUGGAUUUCCCCUGCAUAUGGUGGAAGAGCAUCAGACAAAUAUAUUGUCAAUGAUAGUAGGUUUUUGGACUUACUGGAGCCCUUUGAUUGUGUUAUGGCAGAUAGGGGUUUCAAAAUAAAGGAACUUUUACUGAUGAAACGUUGCACUCUUGCCAUUCCACCUACAGCUGCCAAAGGAAAUCAAAUGACAGAACAGGAUAUCAAAGAAACAAAACGUAUUGCAAAUGUAAGAAUAUAUGUUGAACAGGCCAUAAAAAGGAUCAAAGACUUCAAUAUUCUGAAUGUAUGUUUGCCACUGACAGAACUUCCAUUAUUUAAUGACUAUAUUAUAUGUUGCUGUGCAUUUGUUAAUCUUUUAAAGCCACUUUGUGAAUAAAAUCUAAAUUAGUCAAUUGUGGCAAAUUAAAAAUGAUGUCACAAAAGAUUUUGGAUAUAUUAUAACCCAUUUCCCCUUAAUAUGAGUGUCACAAAAAAAAAUGACUCCCAUUUUAUGCAACAAACUCUAGUUUUCAAAAAUCAGUAAAAUUAGCAGCAAAUACGAAGAUCAAAAUUUUUGUUGUGGUGGGGAUAAGCUUGAGGGUAGUACAAAUAGUAGUACUGCUAUAAAAUAGCAUUCUGCAGACAAAACAGAUUUGAUGUACCCAUCCCCUCACCUCCCCUCCUGUGACAUUUUAUUUGCAGGGCCCCAAAACAAGACAUCAUGCUUAAAUAUUUUGAGCAAUGUCAGUUAAACAGUUACAACAUAGCCAGUUAAUUUCUUUGUCAAUGUGUAUAAUUGAUUGACAUUUGUAGUGGUACUGCUACACUGAUCACGACCAAUAGAUUUUUCAUCAGCUUCAUCUUCUGGUAUUUCAUCUUUUGUUAGAAGAACUUUUUCACAAUCAGCACAAAACUUUACUGGUUUGAUUGCAAGCAGAGCUUUUGCAACAUACUGUUGGAAGAAGAUUUGUAAAUUUGUGUACACCUUGUUCCAAUGUACUUUAUCAAUCACAAUGGUCUCAAUGAAAAUGUCUUUCUUUGUCCAGACAACAAAAAAUCCUUGCAGGGAAUCACUGAGCAUGAUUUGGGAAAUAAUCUGUGUGUAAUAUUUGUGAGAUUUCUUUAAAGUUAUUUUAUUAUCAAUAACUGUUAGGAAGUUAUAUUUUGCAACACCAGCCUGAAUGGUUUCAUCUUUGAUGUUGUAUGGGCACUUAAUUUCUAUUACACUUUUUUGAUGACACUUGCAAUACAUGAUUCCAUCUGGGGAUGCACCAAUAUAUGGAUGAGUUCUAUCAACAUACAAUCCACAGCUUUGAAGUUUAAAAUCCUGAUGUUUGCAUGCCUCGACAGAAUAAAACAACUUCAGUGCAUUUUGCUCUUGCUCUUGUCCCCACUGGUUUGCCAGAAUAGAGUUAAGUGUCUUAUCUCUGUAAAUGAGCUUUGCAAUUAAGGGUGUCACUUUUGGCAAAGGGGAACCCUUCUUCUUGCAAUAGAAUUCACUUUGGUAAAGACCUCGUGAUGGACAGAAGCUGUAAUCCGUCCCUUUCUUGCAUUUACCCAUGCUUUAGAAUCAGCUUGACCACGAGUAGAUAUUUCAAUCCUCCUUUUUUCAUUUUCAGUGAUGUUGAGCUCUUUGUAAAAUUCUCUUUGUUUUUCCUCAUCAGUUUUGUCUUCACACCUACUUAUUACCUUGCUUGCAAUUGUUAACAUGUCAUGUGUCACAUUACUUGCAUUCUCUGUGCCUUCAAUUGAUUUAAAAAGAACAGCAUUUUGAUUUGUUCUCCAAAGAUCCUGAAGAAGGCUUGAUACAUCUUCAUCCGUUUUCUUGCAAUGAGCAGGCCGCCGUGGAUCAAAUUUCUGCAAAGCUUCCAAACGUCUUUCUUCUCGUACAAUUUCAUUUUCUUUAACUUUUGUUCUGCUUUUUUUUCUUACCACGAUCUCUGUUAUUCUUCUAGGUACAAUUUCCUUCUUUGUUGACUGGUUCCAUUUGCAAGGCAUGGAUGUGCAUGCCAGGUCAUUUUAUCCAUGAUUUGUGGCAUACUCUACCUUAUAAAGUGUAGCGAUUACAUGAUUGCAGCAUGCACUGCUACCAGCCAUGCAAGAGCACCAGCUAGUGAUGAUUGUAUCAUCUUUGGUGGCAAUUCACAAUUCUUUUGAUUUUUCUGCCAUUGAGGCUCUGACAUCACAGUAGAGAAACUUAACAAUUGUGCUAGGCUCAUAAAUUAAAAUCUCCCCAACAAAUCCACUGUCAAAAUAGCUAUAGGCCUUCUGAUCUUUAUAUUUCCCUAUAUAGUCAGAAUCGAAAUCCCUGGUGCUAAGGAUACAUUGAAAGAUAUUUCCCAGAUUUACUUUAGGCCAUAGCAUUAUGUUGUCAAUCCUUUUCUACAUCUCCAGUUGCAGUUCCUAAUCAAUAUCCAACACCAGCAACUUCAGUUUCUAAUCUGCAUCAUCCUGAUUUCUAAUCAAUGCUCUCCACAUACCCAAGCACCCACAUAUAUGAAUCUUUUAAAUGAAGACAAUUGUUGAUAAGAGAGCUUGUCUUUAUGCAAUAUAACUAAAAUGUGGCAUGGCAGACCAAUGCUUGGUUUGCCUUUUCAAAGGUUGGCCAGGAGUGCAAGAGUGUUCUUGUCUUGUAAAAAAAUAGGAAGCAACAGAUGCUAAAGAAUGGGAAGACUUGGAGGAACAGCCUAAAAUUUUCUUCAAUGUGGGUGCAAAGAUUUUUGGGACUGUGAAUAACACAACAUAACAAAUAUUUUUAUUUCUACAUAUAGUUCAUAUUUAGCCAAGAUUGCCUAUUGUUGGAGAAAAUUAACAAAGUAUUUUGUCAAGCUCUCUCUUACUCGGCUUCUUUCUUCACUAUUGUGUGUGUUUAAUCUCUCAGCAGAUGUAUGGUGUUAACAGGCCUGGUUUUCAUUUUCUUCCAUGACUUGGUUUACUGUGCUUCUUUAACCUCACAGAAAUUGUGGAGGAUGAAACAUAUAUAAAUCAGUGUUAGUGCAUGCUCCAAUGCAAUAUCAAUAAGUCUGUUGAAUAUUCUCCAUCUUGCUUGCUUUCAAAGCACACUCGAUUUGGUUUCUAACUGGCCUUAGCAUUUCAUUAAAUAAAACUUGGUUUUUGUCGCUGCAUCUUUCAAACUCUCUCAUUGUAAUGGAUAAACAGGGACACCAAUCAGUAAUGGAGGAAACGCGACAUCACCUUCAAUUAAUGUGCGCUCUAUAUUAGGCAAUUUUUUGGUACUGUUUGCAAAAUAGCUUAUUUAUGGCACUGUUUGCAAAAACUCUGGCAUCAUGUACACUUCAAGGACGUGAACAAUCAAAGUCCAUAAACAGCCCAUUUUCAUCACAUACAGUUUGUAUAUUUAAUGAGUAGUUCAUUUUGUAGCAAAAACAGUCAUGUGGAUUUUCAGUUGGCUGUUUCAUUGGAAUAUGGGUUAAACAGCCAACUGAAAACCCACAUUAUUAUUUUUACAAUACUUCCCACAACUUGGGAAAGUCGAAUUUUUUUUCAAACCUAUUCACGAGUUGCUUUAAUUCAGUCUCUGAUUUUGGAAAUUUUGUCAAUCUAAACCCAAGCACUUUCACAGUAGUUUGACAAACCCGUUAAAUAAUUACGGACAGUUUACAGGGUGAAACAAUACAUGUUACUCAUUAUCAUUAUUCUGAGUGAUCAUUGGUCAUUGUUACAACGUCAUGGUUAAUUUACUUUCAGCAGUAACUGUAUCAUGCCUGAAUCAUUUUGGAUUUGGUGAAAUGUGUGGCCUAACUUCUGACAACAGGUCUGAAAGGAAUUUCCUUGACAUUAUAAAGUUAAUAUGCCACUCUCUGUCGCUUAAAUUCCAUUACAAACAUUUAACCACCACGCACUUGUGUAACCAUGCUUUUUCUAUUGUUGCUUUUUGUCCUCAAAAAUGUAUUUCUCAUGACUCUGUAUCGGCAGAGGGCAUGAUUUCUAUCUUCUACGGCAGCUGUUAACUUUUCCUUAAUUUCUUGCUGCUGCAAGAAUAUCUGUAUAGCUAGAAACAACUGGCUUUGUAGCACUAUGCAGCCAGUUGUUGUUGGGGCCAAGACCCUCCUUGAUAUCUUUGUAAAACCCCACAAAGUUAUUAUUAUUACCUUCAUUAGUGCAAUAGGUAUCAUGGUAUCAUAUAUCAUAUACAUGGUAUAUGAUAUAUGAUAUAUGGUAUAUGAUAUCCGAUGUACAUGGUAUCAUAUAGCAUUAUAAUUUGAAUUUUGAUUCAAUAUUUGAUUUAAAACAGUACUAGCUUACAUGUUUUGAUUCACCAUACCCAAUAAGGAUAUACACAUGGUUAAUGUCAAUCGACAAGUAACAGUGAUCAUGAUUAUGUAUGUUGUAACACCAAAUUAGUGAGGAGUUGGUUGGAGUUAGAGUUGAAGUAAGAAUUGUGAGCGAGUAUAUAAAAUGAAACCCUUAUAGAUUUGAUACAAAACAGUUUGUACAGAAUGGUGAUUUUUCUCUGAAUUUGCAUCUUACACUUCUUGCAACGAUAAAUUUUAACAUAUGGGCACUGCCAGAAAAAGUGGUCCCAACAUAAUUGGAGGCACCGCCAGGUUACAGGAAUUGAAUGAUGACGAGGGAAACUGAUGGAGGUGUAGUGCAUUAAAUGGUCACGGAAACAAAGCAAGAAUCAAAGAAACUACAGAAAGCUAGAGAAGCACACAGAGCGUAUGUUACAAGAACAAUCGCCAUAGCUAUGGAAAGAGUAAGGAAUUUUCGGGCAGGUGAUAGGUGAUAAAAAAGAGCUUCUGAAAUACAAGGUGGUCCUGACAAACAAGAAAGUCGUGUUGCAGAAAAUGGAUGAACGAGUAUUGGAAAUUUUGAGUGACCAGAAUGAUGGGGCUAACACAUUCAAGAAGUGGAGGAAUCUGAGGCAAUUUCAAUGGAAAUAUCAGAGGUGCUGUUAGAAAUCGAAGAAGCCGUGGAAAAGGACACUGCCCUAUAGCAUGCACCUCAUUCUCUGGGAGUAGUUCCACUAGGAAGGCGAAAGCAAAGGUACCCAAACUGGAGCUGCAAACUUUUGAUGAAAAGCCACAAGAUUGGCCUGAAUUUUGGGAUGCAUUUAGCAGUACUGUUGACUAAGUUGAGGACCUUCUGGACGAAGUCGGUAAUUACAGCAUUGCCAACGGCAUUGCAGAACUGAGUUGGAGAUCUGACACCCAGAAACGAUGUGCUUUUUGUCAAGAAAACCACGACCAACAACAUUGUUCCAAAAUUACAAACAUAGACACAAAUAAGAACGUUAUUAGAUAGUAUUGUUGUUGUUUUAUUUUCAUUAGGAGAGGGCAUAAAGCUGUAGAAUAUACAUCUAAAAUUAUGUGUAAGAAGUGCAAUGGUAAACAUCACGUAUCAUUGUGUAAUUAUCCCAAGGAUUUAACCAUAAGUAAGAAUCCUAGCCCUUUAAGACCCUCAUCUCCUCUUUUUGAAGGAACCUCUACCGGUAGCACUAUCGUAGCAUCCUGCACUGAUAGUUUAGGCACUAAUAAAUGGCAAACUGCCCAAGCAGAUAAGAUUAAAGGUCAUAGAAGGCAAAUGUGAAAUUUAGAAUUUUCUAACUUUGAACUACUAUUUAGAAUAACGUAUCAGAAUGGUUGCAAUUUUUUUCGGAUCCGGGUAAAAUAGACUUGAUUACAGGGGUUUCUAGAACAGUGCCCUAACUGAAAAGCGUCCUAAGACAGAGAUCUGGAACUAGACAAGUCAUGACGUGAGAUGAGUCAUAAUAAAACUUGCCAUUGCACCACAACAAUAGGAUCUAUGGUUGGAGUGAGAAAGCACGUAACUCAGAAUUCACUCGAAUACAUUCAAAAUUUCAUUUUACGUUUAUGCAAGAUGUCAGACAUUUACAGUCUGUCUGAUAUAUGCGAAGAGCAACAGCUCAGCGAAACAUCGUCACAGUUUUCUCCCAACGUUGAGGACCCUGGCCAACGAAAACGCACUCACUGCUGCUGUUGGUGGAGUUGAUUACAUUGGCCCAUACAUGGACAAACCCCUAGCAGACGAUGAGUGGAUCGAAAAUUAUAAUUGGGAGCGAAGAGAGGAAAAGCAACAAAUUGAAGAGCUGAACAGACGCUUAAAUGGAACAGAACCACUGGUGACAUGAUAAACGAAAUUUUCUUUUGAUUAUUAUACAACCCCCAGCAAGAAAAAAUGCUUAUAGGCCCGCAGGCCUAGGUCGGCCCGAAGGUCUAGAUACGACAGAUGGCAGUUGGAGAUCAAAACGCAGUUAGUAUCUUAUAAAUUUCAAAAUUUUGAUUAAGUAGAGAAAAAGAUUUAUAAAAGCCUUAGGUGUUCAAAUCUUGGCCCAGUUAGGAAUAUAUCAUAGCUUUUACCAAAAAAACUCUCAUACGGAAAAAAUAUUUCGAAUCAAUUACAUAACUUUCAGAACACCUUGGCUCUUCUCUUUGAGAUCUUUUUUAGGUGCAAAUGUGGCAAUUGUAGGUUUGAGCAUUUGGAAAACCCAAAAGCAUGCCAUUGCUGUAGAGAGGUUGAAAACUGCCCAAUUUCCCUUCAUGACCCUAGGGUUGUUCAGCAACUUGGAGCAACACCGCAAUGUUUCAUAUAAUACCUUGGUUUUAGUCCAGUUUGCUUAAAUGAGUGUACACUUCGAAUAAUGGCUGACCAAUUUAAAACUCCAAAGCGCACACGUUACAAAAACCUUUGUUCUGAGAAGAGGUAUGCAGUGAAACGGAAGAGGUUGCUUCUCCAUUCUUGAACUUUAGUAAGGUACAGCAAUUUGGGGGGUACCACCCUCGUUUGUUUUAACCUCUCUGUUUAGAUUGAAGUUGAAACGUAAUGCAGCCAAAGCAUGCCUAGAAAAUAAAGGUCUUUGCUUAUUCAAAGGUUUAAAUAGCAUCCUAUCUAGCAAUAAAAUAGCACCCUAUCCAGCAAUUUAAAGGUUUCUGAAAGAAUGAUGCUUUAAAAAUUGUUGGUAAAUUGUCUUACUCACAACCACUAUGUACAGGUCAGAUGUAUCAUUUCUUUACUUGAGAUAUAAAAUUUAAAACCCCACAGUCAUUUGUUUAUCUUCAUGUCCUAUUAAAGCCAUCUGCAUUGUAUGAAAAAGAUAAUCCUGAUUGGGCACCUAACAAGAACCUUGGCCUUGAAAAGUUCAAAGCGCCUAGCCCUGAGAAAUAUUUACGACAACAGUUGCCAAAAAAGCGCAAGAUUGAUGAAACCCUGCAAAAUCAGGAAAGUGAAGCAAAUGAUUCUCAAGACAGUGAUUCUGUUAUUGUGAUUCAUCAGAGACUGUGAUUCAUGCAGAAAAAGCUCAUACAGGAACACAAAUUGAGGUCUCUUCUGCUGAUUAUGAAGCCCUUAGAAAAGACUGCCGAGCUACAAGUAGAGAUUCUCAUCCACCAGGAAUCCAAAGGUCUGGCUUUUGAAACAGAUCAAUUCUUUGAUUCCUCAGAGAAAGUUCAUUAUUAUACAAGACUGCCAAAUAUUGAAGUGCUGAGAGUUCUGCAUGAUUUUUGCCUGCAAAUUGUAUCUAGGAAUAACAACAGUUCUUUAACAACAUUUCAAGAACUAACCCUGGCUCUGUGUAGACUCUGUCUGAACUUAAAUGUCAAAGACAUUGCAUAUAGAUUAGGAAUGUCAGUACCAUCAGUCUCAAAUAUAUUCCAUAAACGGCUUGAUAUUUUGUUUAACCGGUUAGGCAAAGUGAUUCAAUGGCCAGAAAGAGAGCAACUACUGGGGACCACACCUUUGUCAUUUAGGAAUAUAUUUGGAACUAAAGUAGUAAUCAUUAUUGAUUGUUUCUGUGUUUUUAUAAAUCGGCCAAACAAUUUGAAGACAAGAGCUCAAACAUGGUCCAACUACAAGCAUCACAGUUCUGCAAAGUUUAAAUUGGAAUUUGCCCACAGGGCUGUAUUUCAUUCAUUUCAAAGGCUUGGAGAGGUCAUGCUAGUGACAAAUAUAUUACAGAAACUGUGUCUUAUAGAAAAACCUGUUACCUGGUGAUUAUGUGUUGGCUUAUUAGUUUUAUGAUUCUGAUUAUUAGAUUCUGAGUUUUAUUGUUAUCAUUAUAGCUGAAAAUAUAAGGCAAAUUCUAAUGAUCAAACGAAGAAGAAAUCAUCGUUAGGAAGACAAUGGAUGUUAUAAUUUUCAAUAUAACAAGGAGGGUACGGGGACGGGGCUAAAUUUUUUUUCAUUCCCUCAAAAGAAUCCAAGGAAAAAUCACUGGUGCAAUUUGAUUAAGAGACGCGAUGGCUCUGAUGGUUUCAUGGUUACUAGAAGCACUGUUUUAUGCAAAAAACACUUUACUGCUUCUGAUAUAAAGCAAAAUCCACUUCGCUGGAAGUUAGUGGCCGAUGCUGUUCCUUCACUGAAGCUGUUCGAUGAUCCCAAGACAAUAACUACACAGACGACACGAAAAGCACCCAAGGAUCACACUGCAUCUGUUUAUUCUCAACUUUCCUCUUCAACUGCUUCUGAUACCUGUUCUUUUCCUGAUUUUAAUGAAGAAGAAGAUAAUGCCUUGCCUGAUACUGUUGAAAAAGAGUCAUCUCUAUUUUCAACAUGUUCAACUCAGACCGAACUUAAUUUUGUCAAGACGCCAGUUUACUUGAAUGAUGCUUCCUUUUCCAAUCUUAUGACAGAUCACUGUUUUGCACCUCCUUGAUCUUCAACUGACGUGAGAGAAUAUGUCUCUCUCAAACAGAAAAUUGAUGAACUGUCCCUUUAAGUUUCAGAAUUGAAUGCUGAACUUUCCAUUGCAAAAAAGUCACUUUUCUCCAUUGAUAAGUUGAAAUAUAAUGAUGGAGCUGUCAAAUUUUACACUGGGUUUCCAAAUUUCUCUUCUCUUGAAUCUGUUUUUGAUUAUUUAGCACCAAAGUUGGAUAAUAUUUCUUAUUGGCGGGGAUCCAAGUCACAUGAUGUAUCUAAAGACAAGCCGGACAGGCCAGAUGAACAUAAGAAAUCUGGUCCCAAAUAGAGUUAAUCUUAUUUGAAGAAUUUGUCUGGGUUUUAAUGCGUCUGAAAGUUGGUUUAUUUGUAGAUGAUCUUGCAGAUAGAUUUGGAAGCUCAAGUGGACAUGUUUCAAAGAUUUUUACUACUUGGAUCAACUUCUUGUUUUAUGAAUUGCCUUCUCUCUUUCCCUUCCUAUCUCAAGAACAAAUCCAAAAGUUAAUGUCAGAAGAAUUUAAACUGUACCCAUCCACACGAAUAAUCAUUGAUUGCACAGAAAUUUUUACAGAAGUCCCUUCAUCUAUGAAAGCUCAGUUACAAACUUGGUCAGAGUAUAAACAUCACAACACCUGGGAAGCCCUUGUUGGAAUAUCUCCUACUGUGGCAAUCACAUUUGUAUCAAAACUGUGGUCAGGCCAUGUAUCUGAUAAAGAAAUAACAAUUAAAUCUGGUCUCAUCUCUCUCCUUGAACCUGGUGACAACGUAAUGGCAGAUCGUGGUUUUGAUAUUGCUGCGAUCCUACCAGUUGGUGUCAUUCUCAACAUUCCUCCGUUUAAAGGGAGUCGUGCCCAACUAACACCAAAAGAAACUGAAGAAACUGCCAACAUAGCUGCAGUCCGUAUUCAUGUCGAAAGAGCCAUUGGAAGGAUUAAGAAUUGCUUUAUUCUUGAUGGCUGUAUUCCUUUAUCCUUAAGUCCUUUAGCUAAUCAAAUUUUUAAAUGUUUGUUAUAUGUUAACAAAUUUCCUGCCAUUUUUAGUUAAAAGAAAGGAAUACAGGAACAAAGCAAUACAACGACGAGAAUCCAAUUUUUAGUUAAGACUGCCACAUUUAGUAAAUAAAUUAAUUCAUCUAAUUCAGUCCCACUAUACAAAUAAAAAGUCUUAAAUAAAGCAUAACCUAUAGACAAACCCUUCUUUUUAUGUUAAUUUCUCAAAAUCUGUAUUACAUUGUAAGUGAAAAUAUGGUUAAUAAAUAUAGCACCGCUGCUUGCACAAAAACUUUUCAUAUUUAAUUUACAUUCAAUAAUGUAAAUAAUAGUUCUUUAAUUGUAAAACUGUUGCUCUUCCAUAUUUGCAUUACACAAAAGACUGUAAAAAUAAUUCUUUAAUGGUAACACUGUUGCUUACACAAUAACUCUUCCAUAUUUUUUACACAAAAGAUUGUAAAAAAUAAUUCUUUAAUGGUGACACUGUUGCUUACACGAUAACUUUUUCAUAUUUUAUUUAUAUUGUAAAAUACAUAGAUAAAAAGAUAAAGGAGAAGUACAUAGAAAUAAUAAUGUGGUAGCUUAUGGUUUUCUUCCUCUUCAAACAUAAUCUAUUAUGUUUAAUUUAUGACAUAAUUCAAUUUGUGGGGUUAUCCUUAAUGUUGAGUUUGUUUGUGUGUUUGCUUAUCCAUUAUAUUGUAGAUAUCUAUGGAUGGUAUUGGAAUUUCAAAAGAUUGCAUUGAUAGACAUAGUGGGAUUUGCCAAAUGACAAUACUAAUGAUCCUUACAGUGGUAUUUAAACUGUAGAUGCUAAACAUUCUAUACCGAGUCAUUCAUUAUUUAAGAUUCACAAUAUUUGAACAAUUUAUAAUUCUAAGGAAAACUUCUCCCAGCCACCAUGAAGGUAUAAUUUGAGACCUCUUUUUACAUGCUUUGUAAAGAAUUCUGGUAAUACAGGUCUGCGAUAGAAGAAGUUCAGCUGAGGAAGAAUGGAGUUUUAAACAAAAUGUUCAUCAUACAUAAUUGAUUGAAUGAACAAGGGUUGGUUAUCUCCAAACCAGACCACCAGAUCAACUUUUCUUAAUCCAGAGCAAAACAUUUGACCUUAAAUUUGGUAGUAAUAGGCAUGAUUCUUUUUUAGCUCUACCACAUCUGUCUUUCUUAAAAAAACUUCUUAUCUGCAACAGCGUCAUGGAGAGAUAAUGAAAAUUUUGAAUAAGGACAUUUGAUUUCAAGUCCCCAAGAGUCUUGACCAUGCUUUACGAUACCAUUCAGGGAUGCACCAAGAAAAGAAUGAGGACUUGAUACAACAAGGCUAGGCUCGUCAACAAAAACUCUAUUGAAGCCAUUGCGUAGCAAAGUCUCCAAAUAUAAAGAACGAACAUGAGACUCAUAAGCCUUUCCAUGCCGUGUGCUUACAGAAGAGAAAGAUGAGUAGAACAUUGAAUUUAACUUAGACGAUGGUUCAACAGUAGUGACAGCAGCAGAGUAAAAAUGUGAUGCAGUGAUGCGAUAUAAUCUGUGUUGAUUCCAAGAAGAAUUUGAUGACUGACCACAGGUUUCUUUUUCAAUGUCAAGAAUAGCUGUUGAUGGAAGAUACAUAUUAUUGUUGGUAUGGUAGUCCUAUUUUUAAAAUUGGAACAGGAUAUAUCAUCAUCGCCGAAUGCCAUUGAAUUGUUGUCAGAGUCAGAAACAGAUAAAUUAACAAAAGAAUCUUGAAAAGGAGAAUCCAAUGAAUCAACCAUUUCUGUGACAAUAGAAGAACUGCUUGCUGAAGACGUAUCAGGAAAAGAAUGGAAAGCAGAGAAACAACUGUUUGGAAUGGAAGAAACAAAAGAGUAUUUCAGCUUUUCAACCCUUUCUUCAUCUAUUCUACCAUGUGCAAUUUUACGAGGAUCAUUGCAAAUAUUCUUUAUGGCUUUUAACUGAACAUCAUCUUUGCUAAAUCUGAUCUUCUUGAUAAGAACUUCAUCAAUAGAUGCAGGAGAAACUGAAGCAAAUUAAGAUGGGACAUUCCAGGCUGCUAAUUUGAAAGUACAAGAGACAGGUUCAGGACAAUUGUUGUAGUCUUUCCUUUUGAAAUCUUCCAAAGCAAAAAGAACUCCUCCAACAUGAUUACAAUUGCCAAGGCCAGAUAUACCAGCACCAGCAGGGCAUGUACAGGCGGCACAGGAAACAUUGCCAGAACCAUCAAGAACCACCAGCACUCUGUAUAAAGUAGACUUUAUUGAUGCCUUCAUACAGACAUCAAACAAAAUUAAAAUUUGAAUCCUUUGCCACAUCAUUUCUCUUAAUAUAUCUCAUAAAAGAACUGGAAAGAUUUGAGCUUUUUGUACCCCGUACUCUUUAACAUGUACCCCGUAUGAUCUGAAAAAGGACUAUACCCAUAGUCUGUACCCAGACUAAGAAAGGACUGGGUACAGGUACCCCAGUCUAAAAAAACCAUUUUGGGGCAUUUUUGAAGUGGGGUCUGCAUCUCAUCUUAAUCAGCAUGUCAAAUUGUGUACUUGUAACAAAUUUCAUGCUUGUACCAUAAAAUGCACAAUUCCUCCAUUUUUUUAGGUUAAGCGGCUGCACUAAUAUCAAAGUCUGUUUGAAUACUUGGACCAACAUAUUUUCUCAAGUGAUGCAACAGCUAGGUGAAAAAAAAAGAAUUGCGUAGAGCCAGCAAAAAGUUCUUUUUAAAAUGUUUAUGCCUUUUCUUUUAUUUGUUAGUUGUUCUAUUGCUAGUUUACAUACUUGGUGGGAUUUUGAUCAUAUUCAAUAUUCAUUUGAAUUUAGAUUUCAAUUCUGAAGCAAAUGAGAGACGACAUGGUAGUGAAGGAAAGAGAAAAGCUACUGAUACCGGUAUUUCAUAAUUUUGUUGCAGAAUUUGGAGAAAACUUUCUCUUCUCCUCACCCUGAAAACGUUGUAUUCAUGUAUUCAUAUAAACAAUGUAACCUGAAAAAUGUUGGUUGUAUUCAGUCUUUCUUAUGCUUUCAGCUGCCCAUCGAAACUCCCCAGAAUGUCUGGUUCAUGUGAUGUUACCACAUUACUUGACAUAGAAUGCAUAUCAGACAAUCGUCCAGAAAACGGUAAAUAAAUUCUUGUUCCAUCUGUUUUUUCUAGCUGGUGAUACGGGAUUGAUUUAAUGGUAUUUCGGCAUUUAAUCUUUUAUUUUUGUGGAAAUUUUAUUCAAAUAUAUUUUGUGUAUUGGUGCAAGAAAAAAAUGCGAUAAUUUUGUUAAGAGCUUUUGAUAGUAUUAGAACAAAACCAUGAUCUGGCAAAUGGCGUAACCAAAUCAACCUUUUGGAAAUCUACUGGAAGACAAAUCUAUUGGUUUUUUAUAAACAUAACAUCACAUUUUAUAAAGUCUUAUGGAGAUCGUGUCUUUUUUAAGUUUUGCAGCAUAUCUUGUCUCAUAAGCCAGCCAGGCUUCUGUACUCUUAUAUAAACGGAACAGCAGUGUAUGACACAGAUUUAUUGAUGUUACGAGGAGAAAGCUACCUAAAUGACAAGAUAAUGAAAAUGGUAAACUGUUCCAUUUUUUCUGGCCUUCAUUCUGUUCAUUUCUGAGAAAUAGUUGAUGUGCUGCAUAAAUGCAUCAGCCAAAAUCAUUUACUCUGUUACUUUGUUUUCUUUUUCAGAUUCUCGAUGUUGUGCUAGAAUUAGUGGCCCAGAAAUUCAGAACAGAGGGUCGAUUGAUCAAUAUAAUAAACUCAGAGACGAUCAGAAGAAUGGUGAACGGGUCAGAAGGAAACUGUGGAACGAUGAGGCUUACCAUGGAUCAGCUGUUUAAUGCAGACAUAUGCAUAGGCUGUUACAAUCAGUCUGCAAGCCAUUGGGUGUUACUC